CUCGCCCACAUCAAACCUGCAUUGCUGCAAGUCACCGUAACGAACAUUGUCAACCCUACAGGCGAAAUGUAACGGCGUUUGUUGGCCGGCUACAUAUGACAUUUAAGAGAGGGAAAUAACAGAGGGAGGCCAUAAAAACGAAGACACUGUAUUGUUUUUUAUUCCAAAAGAUACGGUCUCGAACCUCAACAUCUGCACCUCUUUCUCUCCGACGAUCUCCGCUUUUCUGGGGAGUUUUUCUGCCCUCGUAAUGGCAUCCGAAAUCCUUACCGACAAGAACUCUGUCUUUAAGCAGCUCAGAUCCAAGUCAGAAAACAAGAUGUGCUUUGACUGCAACGCGAAGAAUCCCACCUGGGCUUCCGUGACGUAUGGGAUCUUUCUCUGCAUCGACUGCUCAUCUGUCCAUCGCAGCCUCGGCGUUCAUGUUAGCUUCGUUAGGUCAACAAAUUUGGAUUCGUGGAGCCCCGAGCAUCUGAAAAGGAUGAUUUUUGGUGGUAAUAAUCGUGCUCAUGUUUUCUUCAAGCAACAUGGAUGGACAGAUGGUGGGAAAAUUGAGGCAAAGUAUACAUCUAGAGCUGCAGAGUUAUACCAGCAGUUGCUUUCAAAAGAAGUUGCCAAAAGUUCUGCUGACGAUACCAGCUCACCAUCAUCUCCUAUUACAUCCCAAGCACCACAUGCUGGUGAUGUCUUCCCUGAUCUCAAUUUUUUAGAAUCAGAAAGCAAGGAAAAAACUACUGAAAAGCAUGAGAUUGCUGAUACAGUUCAUUCUCCUAAAGCUUCUACUCAUUCAGCAGUUAUUAAGAAACCCAUCGGCUUAAAGAAAGGAGGCAAAUCUGGGGGCCUUGGUGUUCGAAAGCUUACCACAAAGCAAAAUGAAAGCCUUUAUGAUCAGAAACCUGAAGAACCAGCACCAGUUCUAACUUCCUCGAUCAGUUCAGCCCCAACAGUUGGCCUAUCCUUUUCUUCUCGUUUUGAGUAUGCGGAUAGCUCAUCUGCUGAGAGUAGUUCUGGAGGAACUCAAGUAAUGAGCCAUGUCUCUCCUCCUAAAACUUCAAGCUUCUUUUUAGACUUUGGAAUGGACAGCGGAUCUCAGAAGAAGUCAAGUUCUAUUUCAUCAAAAGUUCAGGAUCAGGAAAGCAAUGAAGCAAGACAGAAGUUCUCAAAUGCAAAAUCCAUCUCAUCAGCGCAAUUCUUUGGCGACCAGAACAAAGCUAAUGAACCAGACACACAAGCCUCCUUGCAAAAGUUCUCUAACUCAGCUGCCAUAUCCAGUUCUGAUCUUUUCGGCCAUAAGACAAAUGACUCUGGGCUUGAUUUGAAUGCAGCAGAUCUUAUCAAUCGUCUCUCUUUCCAGGCUUCACAGGACAUAUCAUCCCUAAAGAAUGUUGCCGAGGAGACUAGUAAGAAACUGUCAGCCUUUGCUUCCAACUUCUUCAGCGAUCUCCAAGAUAGAAUCCUUUGAGUGACCUAAUGAUGAUUUCCUUUCAUUGCGUCGGAAGGCAUGCAACACAAAUAUCCUGUAAUUGUCAUCUCCACCUCUUGGUAGACAUCAAGGUUGCCCUUUAAAUUUUGUAUUAAGAGCCAUUUCGGAUCUUUAGUAUUGAAUCAUUAAAAAGCAUAAAGAUAUAAUAUAUAUAAUUACAUUAUUGAUGGCGUGGAAUAUGUUCAUUCAUGAAGUUGUCUCCUAUCCUGUUUGUAUUAUUUUGAUCAUUCUCAAAUGUAACAGCUUGAC